UCUUUGGCCUGGCCCAUUUAAACCGUACCCCUUGGCCCUUGCCUGUUCCCUUCCCUGCUUCGCUCUCGUGCUGGCGGAUCGCGUACUCCCUCGAAUUAGGGUUCUUCCAUCGGACGACCUUGAAGCAGAUCUCUGGAAAUGGCUGAUGAAGCGAACCGGAUGGCUUUUAUUGAGAUACAGAGCCGUAUGAUCGAGACAACCGGGAAGCUAAAGCAGGUGCAAAAUCAGAUGCGAACUAAAGAAGGUGAAAGGAAACGAGCUUACCUAACCAGGGAAGAACUUAGUCAGUUAUCAGAUGAUACAAAUACCUACAAAUCCAUUGGAAAAGCGUUUAUUUUGGAACCAAAAUCAGUUCUCUUGAAUGAACAAGAACAGAAAUAUAAAGACAGUGAGACUGCCAUAAAUUCUUUGCAGGUUUCCAAAGAGUACCUAGAGAAGCAAAUGGCCGAGAUCGAAAACAAUCUGCGAGAGUUACUUCAGCAAGAUCCAAGUCUUGCGCACCAGAUCAUGUCCAUGUCUGUGAUGUAAAGCGUUUCCAACUUCUCCCAUCAAGUGAUCACUUAAAUUUUUCAAAAAUUAUUUAUCGAACUGUAGAAUUACUGGCUUGCUCGUGUUGUCGUAACAAUUUGGUUCUCGUUUAGAUGAUGAAGAUGUGGCUUCAACUUUUGGGAUUAA